CCGACGUUUACUGGGUGGUAAUUACCCUCUUCGGCUGGACCACGAGUCCCAUGGUGCCCCGCGACAGGCCGCGCAGGCGCGGUGAGUUGGGGCCGGUCGGUCUCCGAGGCUGAGGGGCUGGGACUCGGUCGAACACGGGGUCGCCGAGUGUCCCUGUUACGAGGUGUCCGGCACCAUGUCGAGACAGGCGAACCGUGGCACAGAGAGCAAGAAAAUGAGCUCUGAGCUCUUCACCCUGACCUAUGGGGCUCUGGUCACCCAGCUGUGCAAGGACUAUGAAAAUGAUGAAGAUGUGAAUAAACAGCUGGACAAAAUGGGCUAUAACAUUGGAGUCCGACUGAUUGAAGAUUUCUUGGCAAGGUCAAAUGUCGGGAGGUGCCAUGACUUUCGGGAAACUGCAGAUGUCAUUGCCAAGGUGGCAUUCAAGAUGUACUUGGGCAUCACGCCAAGUAUCACCAAUUGGAGCCCCGCUGGUGACGAGUUCUCCCUCAUUUUGGAAAAUAACCCUUUGGUGGACUUUGUGGAGCUUCCUGAUAACCACUCAUCUCUUAUUUAUUCCAAUCUCUUGUGUGGGGUGUUACGAGGAGCCUUGGAGAUGGUUCAGAUGGCUGUGGAGGCCAAGUUUGUCCAGGACACCCUGAAAGGAGAUGGUGUGACAGAAAUCCGGAUGAGGUUCAUCAGGCGAAUUGAGGACAAUCUCCCAGCUGGAGAGGAGUGACCGUCUCCGGGACUUGAGGGUAGCCAUCAGGAGCACUUGGUGGCAUCAGAAAGCCCCAGUGUUCCCUCUGCCCUCUAGAACUCAGUGACUCUUUAACAUGGAUGUUAUCUAUUCUUCUAGCCUUGUUUCCAUUUUCCAUGCUAAUAAAGAGCAGACUGUGAUACAGUCCAUUCACCCCAUAAGUGUGCACA